UGACGCUAAGAAAGUUUGUCUGACACUGCAGCGGAAACAUAAACCUCUGUGUGGAGUUUGUACAGUGCGAAGAGUUCGUGAAAAUUAAAACGUUAUGUUUAAGCAGCGGGUAAUAACGAGACUUCGCGGGUUUUUAAAGGAAGAAAAUUAGAUACAGCUGAAAGGUACGGAAAGAAGAGCUUAAAAAUGUCUACGCCAAGGAGAGCUGGAAGAAAUAUUUCAGAAAGUGUGCGCCAUCUUCAUAAUACACUAACCAAAAUAUUAAGCGACCAAGAACGCGCUUACUUCAUACAAUCUCUGAACAGGUAUCAACGAAAUAGAGACGUUGAUAGCCUUGUGGCAUCGUUAAAAACCGUGCUGAACUCUCCGAAAAAGCGCCAAGUUUUUCCUAUACUACGGGAAAUUAUUCCCUCAAGAGAUAGGCAUUAUUUCGAUAAGACCUGGCAGGGAAAUCGAGCUCAGCUCCGACCGGUCGCCAAGGUUUCAAGUACUCGGUCGCGCUCACGAUCACCGUCUCGGUCACCGCGACGUUUACGGAGAAAUAUCUUCUCUGCCAGCUUACCCGAUCUAAAUAAAUACGAUUCAGGGAUUGAUAUGCCGAAUGGUACUACUUCACGGACCAGCCGCAAGUACCCCAUACGUAAACUUCAAAUCAAGCGCCCUCAGAACUGCGGAUUUGGUUUCUGUAUGCGGGGAGGCUCAGAGCACGGUGUUGGUUUAUACGUUUCGUCUAUAGACACAGGUUCUGUCUCUGAGGCGAUAGGUCUACUACCCGGAGACCAUAUACUUGCCGUGAAUGAUGUCAACUUCGACGGGCUUACACACGACCAGGCUGUCAAGAUAAUCCGAAGCAGUAAAAAGCUGUCCGUUGUUGUCCGGUCCGUGGGCCGCAUCCCGAACACGUUCGUGGCAGAGGCAACUUAUCGAUGGAUUGAUCCCAGGGGCAACCAGAUCCCCGCCCCGCCUAACGUGGAUUCCAGUGGACGCUCACUUUCUGCUGACGGCAUCCAUAAGAGUGACUUACGGUUGCUAGGAGACGAUGAUGAAAGGAAGGUGAACGUUUUCGUAGAAGACGGCGGUAAACUCGGGUUGAAAAUCCGGGGAGGCGCCGAAUACGGGCUCGGGAUUUACAUCGCUGGUGUCGACGAGCACUCGGCUGCUUCUUGGGCGGGAUUGAAGUGCGGUGAUCAGAUCAUGGACGUGAACGGGACAAGCUUCCUGAACAUCAGUCACGCAAGCGCUAUCAAGGCGCUCAAAGCCAACAAGAAUAUGAUGGUCACCAUCAAGGAUGUAGGAAGACUGCCCCUCGCUAAAACCACCACGGACAAGACACGGUGGAGCAAAGGACAGACGCCUAAUGGCAAGGUGGCCAAUGGUGCUGGACCUCUUACUACAGCUGCUGAGAUCCAUCAUUCGCCUCCUUCUAACUCGCCUGACCAUAAUAGUCGCCCUAGAACCAACAGCGGACACUGGGGUAUGCAAAGCGUCGAGCGGCCAGAGAAAUCCAAAUUCCAGCACGGAAUUGCCGGUACACAACUCAUAUACCACGGAACCGGUCCAUCCACCAAAAACCUGACUACAGAACAAGCAAAACAGGUUUUAAACGAGAACGAAUUGGGUACGAUGACGUAUUACAUCCGGGAAUACACCAAAGGCUGGAUCAGCGUGGACGCGUUUGUACUGGCGCUCUUUGACCUUCUCAGUUCACCGUCCAAGUUAUCCUUGCUGUCUGAGAUUCGAGGAGUCAUCGCGGCCAAAGACAUCGAUCGAUUCGACGACCUUGUGCUCAAGAAGGAGAUACAAGCCAUGAAGGCUCGUCGAACGCUUUACUCCCCCGAGGACGCGAACUCGCUGCGGUCCUACAACAGUAGCCUAUCAAGCUUCUCCGGGCACGGGUCCUUUUCCAGUAGGAGCUCGGCUAAGGAAUCGUACGGUGAUGCGGACUCUCGACCGAUCACGCCACCCCGAGUUCCCGACGUCCUGCCCAGCCAUAUCAAGACAACUGACGACCUACAUUAUCCACCUGUACCGUGGCCCCACAUACAGGAAAACAACGAAGAAUCGUCGCAAACGUGUAAAGCUAGAGAACACAAGGACUCUGACGCUUCCUUUCUCCCUCCCCCACCGGAAAGUAACGUCAUGAAUUUACACAGUGAAAACAUUCGAAUGACAAACGGAGAAAUCACCGAAAAUGAGGUCAUCGGCGAAAGCCUAAGAUCACCACAAGUGAACGGGGGACCAGUAGGUGCGAUGGAUAAAAUAUCUCCGAGAAAAUCUAACGCGCGACAAAGAAAUAUUGCACAGAAACGAGACUCUCGGGCUUCCCUUCAUGGCUACACAAACAUGGGUACUUCCGGUGACGACGGUCACGGUUAUAUUCGAUCAGCGGGUUCUCCUACUAGAGACAAGAUGUCACGUGGCACGGAACGAGAUCUUGAUAGAACCCUCACCUCUCCAAACGAUACCUUAACCCUAACGCCAGAUAGGAAUAGAAGCUCUGAAAGAAUGAGAUCAGACAAACAAAAUAAACUUAACUCGAGCCCGCGAGAGGAUGAAGUCCGCGGUAUGAUGCUUGCCAUGGAAACCAAUGCCGCUGACCGGUCUGGACGUGAGCGCAGUACGGGCUGGGGAGAGGAGAGUGCCCCAAGUAUGGCGAAUCCAAUGUACGAGCUGCAUAGUCCAAACGUGACUAGUGUCACGCAACAAAUCGGUCACACAACGAAACGAAUACCACCAGACACCAACAGUUCCAUUAAUCCAGCGCUAGAAGAAAGCCUAACCGAGGCGUGUAAGGACGUUAUAACAAAGAGGACUGGGGCUAGUGUCACGAGCUCGCGCAGGGGAUCUUGGGCGAACAGGAAGAGCUGGGAUGGGGUGAGGUCACCGGAAGAGGAGGAAGAGAACCGGAAAAUCUCAUCUUUGGAGCAGAGGAAAGGAAUGAAAAGCAACAGCGAUAGCAAUCUCAUGAAUCUCCCUAAGGAACAGCAGAAAAGCAUCCAGAUGAAACUGAAAGCAAGUCAAGAGCUGUAUGACCUACAUCAGCACUCGAAGAAUAAGGGGAGUCUGCCGAUUUUAGACGCCGUCAACAAUAAUCAUCUUCAGUGUUCCCGUGAUGCUCUGGGGUAUGAGAUAGAAAUGGAGAAAUCAGGCGUGGGACUGGGGCUGAGUAUCGAGGGUGGUUGCGACACGGACCUCGCGGCGGUCAGAGUGAAGCAUAUCAAGGCAGGCGAUUACGCUGCAAGAAAGUGCGGCAAACUAAGACAAGGGCAAGAAAUCUUAGCGAUCAAUGGGCAGUCCGUAGAAGGGAUGACAAACGGGAUAGCAACUCUAACCCUCCGCCUAGCGUACUCCGACCCUGACACAAGCACAGUACGCCUUCUAGUGUGCGACCGGUAGCCCUGUGGUAACCUUCCACCUUGUGACCGAUAACCCUGUGGUAACCUUCCACCUUGUGACCGGUAGCCCUGUGGUAGCCUUCCACCUUGUGACCGGUAGCCCUGUGGUAGCCUUCCACCUUGUGACCGGUAGCCCUGUAGGUAACUUUCCACCUUGUGACCGGUAGCCCUGUAGGUAACUUUCCACCUUGUGACCGGUAGCCCUGUAGGUAACUUUCCACCUUGUGACCGGUAGCCCUGUGGUAGCCUUCCACCUUGUGACCGGUAGCCCUGUGGUAGCCUUCCACCUUGUGACCGGUAGCCCUGUAGGUAACUUUCCACCUUGUGACCGGUAGCCCUGUAGGUAACUUUCCACCUUGUGACCGGUAGCCCUGUGGUAACCUUCCACCUUGUGACCGGUGACCCUGUGGUAACCUUCCACCUUGUGACCGGUAUCCCUGUCUCUUGGUUCAAAGGCAAAACGUCUUCAGGGGUGCGACCGGUAGCCCUGUGGUAACCAUCUCUCCUUAUAAAGGCCGACGCAAGGGCUCCCUGUGUAACUGCCCUUGGAUGUGUGAAUUCCCCCUUUCCAAUGUCACGGUUGAAAACAGCACUGUUGCCAUAUGGAGUGGCUCAGUCAAUUUUGCACAGAACAACCGUGAUGCAUUGGCAAAAAAUUGAAAAGCCGAUAGGAACUGCAGAGUAUAUUUUAUCUAGCACGGCCACGAAAUAUUGGGGAAGAGGGCAAGAUACAGAAACAUGGCCAAUGAGAAGCCACCACUUUAUGUUAUUGUCAAUAAGGGUACAUAGAAUUUUGAAAAUCUGAAAUACGCAGUUUACUAAACGCACUUUUGAAUAUAUUUGAACUGUUUUAUACACUCUAUUGAAAAUGUUUCGUUUUAUUUGUGGCUUUUCUGUGCCUUGGAUUUUAUCAGCCAUUUGCCUUUGUCAAAAUUCACGUAGAAAAUUCAAACAGCAAUGCUUGCUAUGCAGGUCACAUUACAUGCUUUUGACAAAUGUUUCAUAAAAGAGUGUGUUCAAAUUAUGAUAUUUGAAGGUUUAUUAUUUAAAAACACUAGCUUAAAAAGCAACGAAAAUAUACGUUUCGUUCAAGAAAUCGAAAAAGUUAUUUUAUUAAGAACCCAAAAGCUUUUCUUCUAUUCCUUAGAAAUAGCUUGAACUAUGUCAAUAAUGUGUAUAAGUUAUGGCCUCUUUAGAAUAUAAAGAUGGCCGAUGUGUAAAAAAAAUCAACGCUGAAAUUUAAACACUUGCGAUUUGUAAUAAAUUUCAGCGAUAACACAACAAACAUUCAUCUUAUUGUGAUAAUAAACCAUCCAUAAUUACU